GUUGGGCCGGCCGGAUCUCAGUUUGGGCUGUUGGCGUGCUUGUUCGUCGAAGUGAUAAACGUGUGGCCGAUGCUGCGACACCCGCAGACGGCGCUGUACAAGCUCUGCGCCGUGACCAUAGGGAUGUUCCUGCUCGGGCUCCUGCCCUGGGUCGACAACUACGCCCACGUGUUCGGGUUCGUUUUCGGGUUCCUCUUAUCCUAUGCCCUGUUGCCGUUCGUGUCCUUUGGGCCGUACGACCAGCGCCGAAAGAUCCUGCUCGUCUGGGUGUUCCUCGUUGCCGUCUGUCUCCUUUUCGCCAUCCUCAUCAUCCUCUUCUACAUCACGCCGUUCUACGAAUGCGAAAUCUGCAAAUAUCUCACGUGCAUUCCCCUCGUCGACGACUUCUGCGCCGACCAGAACAUCAACUUUGACAAGAAGCCGUUUUGGUCCAUAUAA